AUGUCACACUACCAUUUUUACUCCACCUGGCUAUCCCAAUUAUACUGUAUUAUCACAGCUGCUAAAUAUAUUUGGCAAGUGUCAUGCCCGCCAUUCCCACCAUUCCAGCAGUUUGCAUUCCAGGACAGCACCUGCACACCAUGUCCUGCGAUGCAGGCUCUUGAGAGAGUCUCAGGCUUAGAGGCCUCUCGCUUCUAUGCAUCUCCUGUCAUUCUGGCAGCUUCUGUCUUAGGCCCUGUUCAAGCAAGGGGUGUUCUCAUGCCCCUUGCUCCUUACCUUCAUAGCACCGCCCACAGUGGCCAGGACAGCAUCAAUGCACAAUGUCUCACGGCAGAGUCCCUCUCAGGCUCAAUGAGCUCUCAAAAUCAGUUGUAUCGCACAAUUUUAGAGGGUGUCAUCACCAAACACACAUCCUUAUGGCUAGCAAGCAGUUCCAGCAUAUUUAAGGUUGGUGCUCAUCUUCUGAGUUUCAAGGUAGUGUUCACAGUUUUUUUAGAGAUAUCAACAGAAGAUCACGAUAUGGUGGAGAAUAUGAUGGUAGACCAUGGAAUGGAUUCUGAAGCGCUUCCAUACACAGCACCCCCAGGAGAGGAAGGCUUGGAGUUCAGUCACGCAGGCGGUGUAGGGACUGAUUCUUGGCUAGGCUUGCAGAGACUGUUCUUACCUUAG